ACGCUAGAAGCAAGCAAAUGAAAGACGAGCUGAAGCGGAUGACGACCGGCUCGCAAGCGAAUUGUCGCUCCGCGACGAGGCCAAGAAUUUCGGAGCAGCUGACUUGCUACAUGUAAUCGCGGGAGACGGGAGCCGAUUCAUACGUCCAAGCCAGCGCCGAGUAGGGUUGUAGAGAUGUAUGCGGCCUCCGAGCUAUGCGAUAUAUUCAUACCGAAAUGCUCUGGUAUAAAGCAGGAGUCCGAUUGCGUAGCUUUACUCUACCUUCGUUCGUUUUCGUCUUUCAAUCCCUUUCACUCCUUUCGAGGCCCGCUGUGCGGUUAAACCUAUCCUCUCUUUCAAAGUAAAGCUUAUCCUAGCCUACUUCAUCCGUUGUUCCAAGUCCCCUUGCCUUUCCUUUAAUAAAAAAAUCUUCUGAUCCGAAAGAUGCGUCUUGCUUCUGUGUCUCUGCUUUUGGCACUUGUUGGAAUAGGGAUCGCUUUACCUGCCCCCUCAUCAGGGACAAAAAUACACCUUGCCAGGGAUGAAGCCGACCCGACGAACACCACGACUUCGGAUUCGACGGGUUCCACCGGCGCAGUUGGUGGUCUCCUAAGUGGUGUGACAGGGACCGUUGGAAGUGUUGUUGACGGUGUUACAGGGGCUGUGGGGAACGUUGCAGAUGGUGUUACAGGUUCUAACGCGGUCGGUGACACUCUGGGAGGAGUCACCGAUACUGUGGGUAAUGUAGUCGAUGGUGUUGCGGGAGCAGCGGGCUCAGUUGUUGAUGGUGCCACUGGUCUCAAGCGAGACAGUGUUCAUCUUGCUAGGCAAGACGCUAGCUCUGGCAACUCCACGAGUCCUGAUUCUGGUGACUCUACGGGCUCCACUGGCGCAGUUGGUGGCCUCCUGAGCGGUCUGACCGGAACAGUUGAAAGUAUCAUCGACGGCGCUACUGGUGCAGUUGGAAAUGUUGCAGAUGGUGUGACUGGAUCGAAUGCUGUUGGUGACACCCUCGGUGGGGUUAGUGACACUGUUGGAAAUGUAGUGGAUGGUGUUACAGGAGCUGCGGGAUCAGUAGUUGAUGGCGCCGUCGGUCUGAAGCGCAACAGCAGACGAGCAGUGUACCGCCAGAGAUUGGAAAAGAAGCACUUUGACUCUGAGGACCUGGCCUGAAAUGGCACGCCGCAUGGGAGUUACUGUUGAACAUUGUAGCUAGAGGGAAAGUUCCGAAAGUCAUAGAUUGGAGUUUCUUAGAUGCGCUUGAUCGUGUUGCACAGCAGAAUACCAAGAAUACCUU